CGCGCUGUCGUAAACCGGUGAAUGGCUCCCGGGUGGCAAAGGGGGAGGCCGAGGCGAGGGCGGGUGUCUUGUGUCUGUGUGGCGCGGCGACCGCGGGGGGGGGGGAGUCCGCCGUUCCUGCCGCCGCCCUCCCGCCUUGCCGCUAAACGGAGAUGGAUCCCAACCGGAUCAUCCAGGCGCUCAAAGGCACCAUCGACCCGAAGUUGCGCCUGGCGGCCGAGGAUGAGCUCAACCAGUCCUACAAGAUCAUCAACUUUGCUCCUAGUCUGCUACAAAUAAUUGUUUCUGAUCAAGUGGAAUUUCCAGUCCGACAGGCAGCUGCUAUUUACUUGAAGAACAUGGUGACACAGUACUGGCCAGAUCGGGAGCCACCACCUGGAGAAGUCAUAUUUCCAUUCAACAUUCAUGAAAAUGAUCGGCAACAGAUUCGGGAUAACAUUGUGGAAGGAAUUAUUCAUUCUCCAGACUUAGUAAGGGCCCAGUUGACCAUGUGCCUCCGCGCUAUCAUCAAGCAUGACUUUCCAGGUCACUGGACAGCUGUGGUGGACAAGAUAGGCUACUAUUUGCAGUCUCCCAAUAGCGGGAGCUGGCUGGGAAGUUUGCUGUGCCUCUACCAACUAGUGAAGACCUAUGAGUACAAGAAAGCUGAGGAGCGGGAUCCCCUCAUUGCUGCGAUGCAAAUAUUCUUGCCUCGGAUUCAGCAACAGAUGAUCCAGCUCCUUCCUGACAACUCCCACUAUUCUGUGCUGCUUCAGAAACAGAUCUUGAAAAUUUUCUAUGCCCUUGUCCAGUAUGCUCUGCCACUCCAGCUGGUGAAUAAUCAAACCAUGACUCAGUGGAUGGAGAUUUUCCGAACAGUCAUUGACAGAAGUGUGCCUCCUGAGACUCUGCAGAUUGAUGAAGAUGAUAGACCAGAACUGGUGUGGUGGAAAUGUAAGAAGUGGGCCUUGCGAAUUGUUGCUCGCCUUUUUGAAAGGUAUGGCAGCCCUGGGAAUGUAACAAAAGAAUAUUUUGAGUUUUCUGAGUUCUUUUUGAAAACCUAUGCUGUGGGGAUACAACAGGUGCUCUUAAAAAUCUUGGACCAAUACAGACAGAAAGAGUAUGUUGCUCCACGUGUCCUUCAGCAAGCAUUAAACUAUCUGAACCAAGGUGUCAAUCACUGUAUAACCUGGAAGCAGAUGAAACCACAUAUGCAGACUUUAUGUGAAGAAGUGAUCUUCUCCCUGAUGUGUUAUAGAGAUGAGGAUGAGGAGCUUUGGCAAGAGGACCCAUACGAGUACAUCCGCAUGAAAUUCGAUGUGUUUGAAGAUUAUGCAUCCCCUUCCACAGCUGCUCAGCUUCUUCUGUAUACCGCAGCAAAAAAGCGAAAAGAGGUGUUACCAAAAAUGAUGGCAUUUUGCUAUCAGAUCCUCACGGAGCCCAACAUUGAUCCUAGGAAGAAGGAUGGGGCGUUACAUGUGAUAGGCUCUCUCGCAGAUAUUUUACUAAAGAAAGGCAUUUUCAAGGAUCAGAUGGAGCUGAUGCUACAGAAUCACGUCUUCCCAUUGUUUAUGUCAAACAUGGGGUAUCUGAGAGCAAGAUCCUGCUGGACACUUCAUUCAUUCAGCUCCUUGAAAUUUCACAAUGAACUCAACCUGAGGAAUGCCGUUGAGCUGACAAAGAAGAGCUUGAUUGAGGACAAAGAAAUGCCUGUCAAAGUGGAAGCUGCCAUAGCACUUCAGUCCUUAAUAAGUCAUCAGGAACAAGCAAAGGAAUACAUUAAGCCCUACAUCAGGCCUGUGAUGCAGGAGCUGCUGCUUGUUGUCCGGGAGACUGAGAAUGAUGACCUCACCAAUGUCAUCCAGAAGCUGAUUUGCGAAUAUAGCCAGGAAGUAGCAACAAUUGCAGUUGAAAUGACACAGCAUUUGGCAGAGAUAUUUGGGAAAGUUCUUCAAAGUGAAGAGUAUGAAGAAAUGGAGGAUAAAACGGUUAUGGCCAUGGGGAUCCUGCACACAAUUGACACAAUCCUUACUGUUGUGCAGGACCACAAGGAGAUAACUCAACAGUUGGAGAACAUUUGCUUACAGAUCAUUGGCCUUGUCUUACAAAAACAUGUGAUAGAGUUUUAUGAAGAAAUUCUUUCUCUGGCAUACAGCUUGACGUGCCAUCUUAUCUCCCCACAAAUGUGGCAGCUUCUGGGUGUCUUGUAUGAAGUGUUUCAGCAGGAUUGUUUUGAGUACUUUGCAGAUAUGAUGCCUCUGUUGCACAACUAUGUCACGGUUGACACCGAUACUUUAUUGGCAAAUCCCAAAAACUUGGAAAUAAUUUACACUAUGUGUAAAAAGGUAUUAACUGGUGAUGCAGGUGAAGAUGCUGAGUGUCAUGCAGCCAAGCUCUUAGAGGUCAUUAUUCUACAAUGCAAAGGGAGAGGUAUUGACCAGUGCAUUCCACUCUUUGUAGAAGCUGUUUUAGAGCGUUUAACACGUGGGGUUAAAACCAGCGAGCUCCGGACGAUGUGUCUCCAGGUUGCCAUAGCUGCCCUUUACUACAACCCCGAGCUCCUUCUGCACAGUUUAGAGAAUAUCCGAUUUCCUCACAAUCCAGAGCCCAUCACUGCACAAUUUAUAAAUCAGUGGAUGAAUGAUACGGAUUGUUUUCUUGGCCUUCAUGACAGGAAAAUGUGCAUCAUCGGACUAAGCAUCCUGAUGGGAUUGCCAAACCGACCUCCUGCAGUGGAUGCGGUCGCUGCACAGAUUGUACCAUCAGUUCUUCUCCUGUUCUUGGGCCUGAAACAAGUGUCUGCCACCCGGCAGCAUACUGAACAUGAGGAGCACGGAAAAGCUGAGAAAAAUGAUGCAGAAGAUAAUGAAGAGAUUCCAAGUGAUGAAGAGGAGGCAAAUGAAGUAAGCCAGGAAAUGCAAGAGAACCAUCCAGGUUGUGGUGAUGGUGAUGGAGGUGAUGAAGAUGAUGAUGAUGAUGAUGACUGGGAUGACGAUGCUUUAGAAGAAACUGCUUUAGAAGGCUUCAGCACACCAGUUGACCUGGACGAUGGUGUAGACGAGUAUCAGUUCUUUACACAAGCACUAUUAGCGGUCCAGAGCCGAGAAGCAUCCUGGUACCACUCGCUGACUGCACCACUGAGCAAUGAUCAGAAGGCACAAUUGCAGGAAAUCUGUGCAUUAGCUGAACACCGGCAAAGUUCUGCAGAAUCCAAGAGGAUAGAACAUCAAACAGGCUUCACAUUUGAUAACAAAGGACUGACAUUUAACUUUGGCCACAAUCCAGGAAACAACUGAAGGCGGGAGCAGUUAAACAAUGCUGCACAAUAUUCCAUCAUUGCAUUUUAUUAAAUAACAGCAACGUUUGAGACUUGUGAUGGGCAAGGGAAGGUAAUCUGAGGGCUCUGGAAGAUUCCCUUCCCAAAAAGGCAGUGGUUGACCCUCUUCUGGUUCCUCCCCCAAUUAAGACUUUUGUUCUAACCAGCUACUGUAAUGUAUAAAGACUUGUGGUAUUUUUAUAAAUUGUUGGACUGAAACUUAUCGAUCCCUGCGUCUUCCCUAAGGAAAUGGGGAAGCAGAUGUGUGAAAUUGGAUGCAACUGCACCUCUCAGGUCUUUGCCAUGUGAAAUUGAAAGGGGUCCUAUGGAGAACAGUGCCUUCUGUUAUAUAUGGAUUGCCUGAAUUCUGGAAUGCAUUAUGCUCUUCUUUAUUUUAUUUUAUUUUAAAUUUUAGCGAAGGAUGUUUAUAGGCACACUGCAGAUCUCACUUCCUUGUGUCACCUUUCUCUACUGCAAUUGUGGCUGUACAUUGUCAAUUACAAAUAGCAUAUCCUUGCCUACA